ACAGAUUAUUAGUUCUUGUCAGAAAAAUAUGUAAAAGGAUGAAAUAUUUUUUCCAACAUUUUCAUCAAAAUUCAGCAUCAUAUCCUUAGACAUUGAGUGCAAAUCAAUCCAUUAGUCUAGAUGCAAAAGUUGAGAGCUCUUAGUCAUAUUAAAGAAUUGAGAACAAUGAGGUUUUAAAAUCUGCAGAAUACUACAAUCUACAGCUAAAGUCAACUCAUCGUUUGUCUUGAGAACUGACUUCCAAAAUGAAGUUUUGGCAACGUGUGCUUGUGGCAGUCCUUAUUGUUGGAAUCGUCAUAACAUAUCUUCUAUAUGGAGAUGGGGAUGCAUGGACUACAAAGUCAAAAAUAAAACAGUCUCGUUUGGUUGAUUCCCAUGUGUGGCCUAUCCCUGUUCAAAAAGCGAAAGUCAUUGAUGAUUUAUCUGAGUGUGAUUUUGCACAACGGACCCCUGCAGAAGCAGACAUAGACACAAUAGAUUUGUUCAAUAAGGCAUUUAACAUGUCAGAACAAACACGGGAACGUGUAAAUGAAGUGAAGAAUGACACUGAUGAUAUCAUCAAUGUAAUCAUCAUGCCGCACUCUCACACAGAUCCUGGAUGGCUGAAGACAGUUGAAGAAUACUACAGAGACCAGGUCAUGUUGAUAUUUGACAAUGCAGUCAGCAAACUGACAAAAUACCCAGACAUGUCAUUUAUAUGGACAGAAACAGUUUUCCUUGAGCGUUGGUGGCGUGAACAACCAGAUGAUAAAAAGGCUAAAUUUAAGGAGUUGGUGAAGCGUGGCCAGCUGGAGUUGACACUAGGAGGCUGGGUUAUGCCUGAUGAAGCUACCACCCACUACUACAGCAUCAUUGAUGAGAUGAUUACAGGUCAUCAGUGGCUAAUUGACAACAUUGGAGUCAAACCGAAAAACAGUUGGGCUAUUGAUCCCUUUGGCCACUCAGGCUCUAUCCCAUAUCUUCUAAAAAAGGCUGGGAUGGAGAACAUGAUCGCUUUGAGAAUCCAUCGUGAGGUGAAAUACCAAAUGGCUGAGAAUCGCAACCUAGAGUUCCGUUGGCGGCAGCGUUGGGACCAAAAAGGAACAAAUGAUAUGAUGUGUCAAAUUAUGCCAUACAAACUGUAUAGUAUCAAACACAGUUGUGGCCCUGGACCUUUUGUUUGUCUGCGUUUUGACUUCCGAAAAAUCCCAGGUGAAUACUCAGAAAGUCGAUCAGUUCCAAUUGAUAAGGCCAACAUUGAGAAAAGUGCCAAUAUGAUAGUAGACCAGUACAGAAAAAAGAACUCAUUGAUGCGUCACAAUGUUGUAUUGGUUCCCCUGGGAGAUGACUUCAGGUAUGACAGGUUCGUAGAGUGGGACCAACAGUAUUUUAACUACAAGAAACUUAUGAAACAUAUCAACGCAAAUAAGAAAUACAAGAUGCAAAUCCAGUUUGGAACACUAGAAACUUAUUUUAACGCCGUUCGUAAGUCGGCUUUCUACAAAAAUGAAGCUAGCUUUCCAACUCUGUCUGGUGAUUUCUACCCUUAUACUGACCAGAAUGAUGAGUUCUGGACUGGUUAUUUCACAACAAGGCCCUUUCAUAAAAUGCUUAGUCGGCAAUUAGCAUCUCUGAUCAGAUCGGCUGAGAUCUUGAAUGUGUUAGCAGUGGCCUAUGCCAGUAAAACUAACACUCCUUUUCCAGCACUUGAAUAUAAUAUGGAGUCACUUCAAGCUGCUCACCGUGGUCUGGGUCUGUUUCAACAUCACGAUGCCAUAACCGGUACAGAGAAAAACUAUGUUGCGCAUGAAUAUGAAGAUGUUCUUAUGUUUGGGAUAAAAGAUGCUGAAAAAACAUUAAUACGAACAGGAAAAUUCUUAUUUGCCGAUACCGUAAAAACCGAGGAUGAUAAAAAUGCCAAAGAUAAAAAGAAUCCUUUCAUAUUGACACUAGAUAAACUGGGAAUGUUUAAAACCCCGAUAGAUGAUAAAGAUUCCCACGUAUUGGAUGUAUCUGUCAGUGGAACUCCUAUUGUUAUCUUCAAUCCGUUGGCAUUGCAACGCAAUGACUGUGUUCGAGUGGUAGUGAAGACUAACAACUUGGAGGUCAAGGACAGUGAAGGACACAUUGUAGUCUCACAGAUAAAUCCAUUAUGGAAGGAUGUUCACACAAUAAAAUACGAUGAAUUUGAGCUGGUCUUCUUUAUCGAUAUCCCACCACUAGCCUCCAAAACCUACUUUAUUUCAAACAGAAGGGGGUCAGAAAACCAAUAUAAUUUCCCCGCUGAGGUGAAAUUCUUCAACAACAAGAAAAACAUGAACUAUAAAGAUAUCCGCCAUUUUAAAGCGGGGCGUGGUGACCCCAGUCCACACAUGAUAUUUGUUGAGAAUCCUCAAUACAAGGUGAUGUUUUCCACACAGAAUGGACUCCUACAAAGUAUACACAAUAAGAAUAACAAAAAUACCACUAAGGUGGCUAUGGACUUUGCUGCAUAUGAAUCCAGAGGUAGUGGAGCUUACAUAUUUUUCCCAACUGGACACGCUAAGUCAUCAAAAUUUGAAACGCAACCCAUGUUUAGGGUUAUUAGUGGGCCUAUUGUAACUGAAGUACAAGUAGUCUAUAAACGCGUGUUACAUUGUGUACGUCUGUAUAACACAACUACAGUUACAGGAGCUGGCCUUGAAAUCUAUAAUAUUGUAAAUAUGGCCGAAAGUCGGGAUGAAGAACUGAUUAUGCGCUUUAAUACUGGAAUUCAUAAUGAUUUGACCAUGUAUACAGAUUCCAACGGAUUUCAAAUGAUGCGAAGAAAUACCCGCUUGGGUCACUUUAGUUUUAUACAAGAGAACUAUUAUCCAAUGACAUCUGCUGUGUACAUACAAGACCCCCACCAUAGAUUGAGUGUUUUGGGCACAUGCGCGCUUGGCGUCGCAACUCUCUCCAAUGGAGAAUUGGAGAUUAUGCUCGAUAGACGCCUUACAUAUGAUGAUAAUAGAGGUAUGGGGGAGGGGGUCCUGGAUACACGCCCUACACCGAGCCAUUUCUUCCUAAUGUUGGAAAACUUUGAAGACAGUUCCUUAUCAAGUAAACAAUACAAAGAUAAGAUGUCGUUCCCUUCAUUGACAUCACAAAUUCUUUCUCAACAUAUUGAGAACCCAGCAGUAACUUUCUUCGUAAAAAGCAAAUCUGUACCAACAAAAAAACUAAUUGCUCCAUUAAAAGACCAGUUCCCUUGUGAUAUUAACCUUAUAUCGAUACGUGGGAUGCCUGAUCCUAACAAUGUUAAAGUGGAAACGACAGGGUUUAUUAUACAGAGGUUUGGGUAUCAGUGCAAUAUGCCUCUCAACACCCUGCAAUGUACAACCAGUGGGGGAGAUUUUGAGCUAGGGAACAUAUUCAAAGAUUUCACUAUGAGCGACUUGAAGGAGUGGAGUCUGAGCUAUAUGCAUCAGAAAGCAGACAUUUCAACUAGUCAGGCAGUGGAACUUUCUCCAAUGGAGAUUUAUACAUAUUCUGCCAAGUUGCAAUGAGAGCAUGUACAUGUACUUAAUAAAGACUAAAAAACCUUAGGCUUGCAUAAAGUCCUUGGGAAAUACCCCUGGCCUACACAAUCUGGGAAUUUAUGAAAUAUAAUCCAAGACUUAUGCAAGACUAUCCUGUGAAGCCGUCUUACAGUAGUACUGCCUAUGUCCAAAAUGUACAUGUACAUGUAAUUGCCAAAAUUGUAGAGUUUUUUAUGUGCAUAUCUUCAUAUCUAGUAUUAUUAUCUAAGUUGUCAGUUGAAUAUAGGGUAAUCAGCACAUUUUUAUGUCACCACCAGAAGUUAUGAUGUGUUCUUAUAGUCUCCAACUUUUUUAUGGAAGGUGUUUGGUGGUUGGUGUUUGGCAUUCGAUAGUAAGC